AUGGCCAGAACAAAGCAAACUGCUCGCAAAUCCACCGGAGGAAAAGCUCCAAGGAAGAAACUGGUGACUAAGGCGGCCAGGAAAUCUGCUCCGACGACCGGAGGAGUGAAGAAGCCUCACAGAUUCAGGUCGGGAACAGUCGUGCUGAGGGAAAUCCGUAAGUAUCAGAAAAUCACUCAGGAAACUUCCGUUUCAAAGACUACUAAAAUAUGGCCAGAACAAAGCAAACUACUCGCAAAUCCACCAGAGGAAAAGCUCCAAGGAAGCAACUGCCGCCUAAGGCGGCCAGGAAAUUGCUCCGACUACCGGAUGAGUGAAGAAGCCGCCGGGAACAAUCGAGCUGAGGGAAAUCCGAAACUUCCAUUUCAAAGACUAGUAAGAGAGAUUGCUCAGGAUUUUAAGACGAAUAUGAGGUUUCAGAGCAGCAGUGUUGUGGCUGCGCUUCAAGAGGCGUCGGAGGCUUAUUUGGUCGGAUUGUUUGAGGAUACCAAUUUGUGUGCGAUUCAUGCAAAGAGAGUGACAAUCAUGCCGAAAGAUAUGCAGUUGGCUAGGAGGAUCAGAGGCGAGCGAGCCUAG